GGAUGCGUCCGCGCAUGCGUUUUGGUGAUGCUGCCCCGACGGCGGCCUGGUGCUUCUCCUUGACCGGUGUUGCUGGAGAUGGAGGUGCAUUGAAGCCUUGGCAAGUAACGGUCAUUCGGCGAGAGUCGUGACAGUCUCGCAAGCAGCAAGGAUUUGGUCGGGGCGUUUUGUCUGCCACAGUGAUGGAGGCGCUUAUUCCGGUCAUUAACAAGCUGCAGGAAGUGUUUAACACGGUGGGAGCGGAUAUCAUCCAACUGCCGCAGAUCGUGGUGGUGGGGACACAGAGCAGUGGAAAAAGCUCUGUGCUGGAGAGUCUGGUAGGAAGGGACUUACUUCCCAGAGGUACUGGCAUUGUGACACGAAGACCUUUGGUUCUGCAGCUAGUGAAUAUUUCUCCCGAGGAACAGCGGAAAGCAAAGGGUGAUGAUGAUGAAACAGCCGCAUGGAAAAAUUACGGCCAGCCUUACAAAGGAAUAGAUGCAGAAGAAUGGGGAAAAUUUCUUCACACAAAAAAUAAGAUCUACACAGAUUUUGAUGAAAUUAGACAAGAAAUAGAAGAUGAAACGGAAAGAGUUUCCGGUGGCAAUAAGGGAAUUAGUGAUGAGCCAAUUCACCUCCGAAUCUUCUCACCACAUGUUGUUAACCUUACUCUUGUCGACCUUCCUGGAAUAACAAAAGUGCCCGUGGGUGAUCAGCCUCGAGAUAUUGAACUGCAGAUAAAAGAUCUCAUACUACGGUACAUCAGCAACCCAAACUCGAUUAUUUUAUCUGUUACUGCUGCCAAUACUGACAUGGCAACAUCAGAAUCACUUAAAAUUGCCAGAGAAGCUGAUCCAGAAGGGCGACGGACACUUGCUGUUAUCACAAAAUUAGAUCUUAUGGAUGCUGGCACUGAUGCUAUGGAUGUGCUUAUGGGAAGAGUUAUCCCAGUCAAGCUGGGUAUCAUUGGGAUUGUCAACAGGAGUCAACUGGAUAUCAACAAUAAGAAAUCUGUGGCAGAUGCUUUAAAGGAUGAAUAUGCAUUUCUACAAAAGAAAUAUCCCUCACUUGCUAACAGAAAUGGAACCAAAUAUCUAGCUAAAACUUUGAACAGAUUGCUAAUGCAUCAUAUCAGAGAUUGCUUGCCAGAGCUGAAAACUAGGAUAAACGUAUUGGCAGCUCAGUAUCAGUCUUUACUGAACAGUUAUGGUGAACCAGUCGAGGACAAAAGUGCCACUCUUUUGCAGCUUAUUACCAAGUUUGCAGCUGAGUAUUGCCAGACAAUUGAGGGAACAGCAAAAUACAUUGAAACUUCAGAACUUUGUGGUGGAGCAAGAAUAUGCUACAUUUUUCAUGAAACGUUUGGACGUACUUUGGAAUCUGUAGAUGCACUGGGUGGACUCAAUACUAUUGACAUUCUCACUGCAAUCAGAAAUGCUACUGGUCCACGCCCAGCACUUUUUGUUCCUGAAAUCUCUUUUGAGUUGUUAGUGAAGCGACAGAUUAAACGUCUGGAGGAACCAAGCUUGCGGUGUGUUGAACUGGUCCAUGAAGAAAUGCAAAGGAUUAUACAGCACUGCAGCACAUACAGCACACAGGAAUUGCUCCGUUUUCCAAAACUCCAUGAUGCCAUUGUAGAAGUUGUGACAUCAUUGUUGCGCAGGAGAUUGCCUGUUACCAAUGAUAUGGUCCACAAUUUAGUAGCCAUUGAGCUUGCAUACAUCAAUACAAAGCACCCUGACUUUGCAGAUGCCUGUGGGGUUUUGAAUAGUAACAUAGAGGAACAAAGACGUAACCGAUUAGCAAGGGAACCACCGGCAGCUCUGUCUCGAGAAAAGCCUUCUAAAGUUUUAAGUGCUAUAUCAGCUCCUUCCCAGGAGUCGUCUUCUGCUGAGCUGGAGGGAAAGCCUUUAAAUAAGGAAGUUCAAAUACAGAAUGGGAAUCAGGAUGGAGCAUCAGCUGGAAACUGGAGAGGGAUGUUGAAAGGCUCAUCCACAUCAAAGCCAGAUGAAGGAUCAUCUGAAGAAAAGCCAAAGCAGCCUGCUGCGGGCAGUCCUCACAAGGGACCAUCUGUAAAUUUCCUUGAUGUGCGUGUUCCUGUUUCACGUAAACUUUCAGCACGGGAGCAACGAGAUUGUGAAGUGAUUGAAAGAUUGAUUAAAUCCUACUUUUUGAUUGUGAGAAAAAAUAUCCAGGACAGUGUGCCAAAAGCUGUAAUGAAUUUCCUAGUUAAUUAUGUAAAAGACAAUCUUCAAAGUGAACUUGUUGGUCAACUGUACAAGUCAAUGCUGUUAGAAGACCUUCUUACUGAAUCUGAGGACAUGGCCCAGCGCCGGAAGGAAGCUGCAGACAUGCUGAAGGCCUUGCAACGAGCCAGUCAGGUUAUUGCAGAAAUACGAGAAACACAUCUGUGGUGAGACCUACUGCCACAUAUCCUAAAGUUUGCCUAAGAGGACACGGCAAUUACUUGAAUGUUGCUGAAUUGAAAAAUGCACUGUUUAUUUGCUUAACUUGUUUUAAAAAAAUAUAUAUUUAUGAACUGUUGGUUCUGGUACUGAAGGAACUAUAGAAACUCAAUGCCAUAAAUUUUUUUUUGUAGUUGUUCCUGUUGUGUAAUAUUGGCUCAUAGUUUUUGUGGUGAUAGAAAACAUUGUAAGUUUAACUUGGAAAAUAGAAACCUUUGGAAUCUUGUGCCUCCAAUCCUCUCAUGUUUCCUUGUUAUGUAGGUAGUGAUUUCCUAAUAAGUUUUAUAUCGUCUCAAAAAUACUUAAAACAACUACUCAUUUGCCCAUGAAACACUUAAAAAUUUCCACUUUACUUUCAGAAUAGUCUGUUUAGAGAUUGAAAUAAUUUUUAACUUUUACCCUGUUGUUGAGAGCAAAGGACCAAAUUCCACCUUUAUGAACAUUUCUUCCUGAUUUACAAACCUGCAGACCUAGCAAAUUCUAACAUCUUUCCCAUUACGUUCCUGAAGUGGGAGAAAUGGAUCCUCUGGAAUGAGAGCUGAUGCUGGGACCAGGUCAUAAGCAGCAGACCAUCACAGCAAGAGUUGGAGGGAGCAACCAGCAGAAAAGGUUGAUUAUGAGAAGUCCAGGACAGAGGGAGAAGGCUAGUUGUAAAUAAAUUAGGAGCUCCCCUUUUGUUAUUUAUCUUAGUUCGGUUAGAUCUGAAGACUGAAUCAGGGACAAGUGGAACAGUUAUGCCUUAGUAAAAAUAUUAGAGUAAUGAAGUGUUAUCAAUGAGAAUGCAGUCAUGACACUGAGAUUAUAAACUAAGCCCAAAUUUGAUCUAGUGAGUUUUGCGUAAGCUAAUUGUGUGAUAAUUGUGUAAUUGUAUGCUGCUCCCCAAAUCAAGCGAUAUGUAACUUACUGACUUUUUUUGUAGCUGGUUUACUGUUGUCAAGCUUCCAUUAUUUUGGGUGAUGCAGUGUAAAUUUGUUGAUACAGAAAUACAUCAGGUUUCUCACCAAUGUCAUCACAGUCAUAAAAGUCACUUCGCAUAAUACAUCCUACACUAAUGUAAUUUUUAUAUUACUUUUGUAACUUAACAUUCAACAGAGAUUAAUUCAGAUCCAAUGUACUUUAAGGAAACAAUACUUGGAAAUCAGGAGAAGGUAUUUCAUUCAAUUCAACUGCUCAAAAUGAAUAAAGUAAAUGUGUUAAUACAGAUAUCAAGAGUCAUGAAUCAACCAAGGUUGCUUCCAGGCUCCAGAGGUGUCCGAUAUUUCUUGUUCCUAAUGGCUUUUUGAUUAGUAGUAUCUCAAGAACUUUCAAUUGCUUCAUUGUUGCCAACACCCAAUGCAUGAUCUUUGCUGCUGUUUUUCUUGGUAUUGGAGUAAGACAUCCAUCAGUAAUGCACAGAAUAACUAUUAUACAGUCACUGAAACAGUUUGUAAGAAGUUGAUGAUGAGAGGCUGAGAAACUGGUGCAAACAUCAGUAUGAACUAGAAUCUAUUCAGGAUUAUUAAUGUUGAAGCCAUCUAAUCUUGGUGCAAGAGACUGAAAGGUAAUGCAGUUAUGCAUGAUAUUUGUCCUUUGGGGAAAAACUGGAGGAGCUUGACCUAGUUGACUGUUACCAUGUAACUUACUCUCAGUUCUUUUUGGGUAUGAAAGAUUCAAAUGUGGAAAAACCAAAAUUUUAAAAAUCAGAAUCAGGUUUAUUAUCACUGGCAUGUGACGUGAAAUUUGUUAACUUAGAAGCAGCAGUUCAAUGCAAUACAUAAUCUAGCAGAGAGAAAAAAAUAAUAACUAAAUAAAAUAAAACAAUAAAUAAGUAAAUCAAUUACUUAUAUAGAAUAGAUUAUUUUAAAAAUGUGCAAAAACAAGUACUGUAUAUUUAAAAAAAGUGAGGUAGUGUCCAAAGCUUCAAUGUCCAUUUAGGAAUCGGAUGGCAGAGUGUUCCUGAGUGUGUGCCUUCAGACUUCUGAACGUCCUACCUAAGGGUAACAGUGAGAAAAGGGCUGGAGGUCUUUAAUAAUGGAUGCUGCCUUUCUGAGACACUGCUCCCUGAAGAUGUCCUGGGUACUUUGAAGGCUAGUGCCCAAGAUGGAGCUGACUAGAUUUACAACCUUCUGCAGCUUCUUUCAGUCCUGUGCAGUAGCCCCUCCAUACCAGACAGUGAUGCAGCCUGUCAGAAUGCUCUCCACGGUACAACUAUAGAAGUUUUUGAGUGUAUUUGUUGACAUGCCAAAUCUCUUCAAACUUCUUUUUAAAGAAAAAGUAUAGCCGCUGUCUUGCCGCCUUUAUGACUACUUCAGUAUGUUGGGACCAGGUUAGAUCCUCAGUGAUCUUGACACCCAGGAACUUGAAGCUGCUCACUCUCUCUACUUCUGAUCCCCCUGAAGAUUGGUAUGUGUUCCUUCGUCUUACCCUUCCUGAAACUCUUUCGUCUUACUGAUGUUGAGUACUAGGUUGUUGCUGCAACACAAACACCUAUGGCAGGAUGCUGUUCAUCAAUUAUAGCUCAGCAGUUAAUACCAUCAUUCCCACAGUGGUUAACUUAAAGUUGCAGUUUUCUGAAAAAUGUCUCCAUGGGUUUGAAGAUCAGUUAAAAUUAGUCCUAUUAGGUUCUCAUUAGAACUAGUGAGUAUUACUAAAGUAAUGUGAUUAUUAUCAUAAUAGAUGUCAAACAGAAAAAUAAUUUCAGUAGUGACCUGAAUUUAAAACUGCAAAUACUUAAAAUAAUAAUUGUUGAGAGAAUUGUCUUCAGAAGCAUUGUUUUCUUUACCUAUAUAUGGGGUAGUCAAAUGCUUCUCUCUCAAAGAUCAGAAUCGGGUUUAAUAAUACUGUACUGGCAUAUUUAGUGAAAUUUGUUAAAUUUUUCUAUGCAUUUCUACAACAGAACUACAGGAAAAAAAAACAUCAACAAAAUGGAGAUUUAUACAGUGCAAAACAAACAAGUCCAAUAUAUAAUUCAUAACAAUAAAAAAACACCCAAAAUAAAAUCAUGUAAGAUUAGUAUCCACCCCAACCUCCCAUGAAAUUUGUUAACUUUGCAGCUGCAGUUACAAUGCAAUACAUGACAAAUAGAAAUACUUAAUGAGUGAGUCAUUGUAUAUGUAUAUUAAUAGUUAAGUUUAUUUGUUUUUUGCACUACUUAUUUUAAAGUAAUAGUGAGGUAGUGUUCACGGGUUCAACGUCCAUUCAGAUAUCGGGUGGCAGAGGGGAAGAAGCUGAGUGUGUGCCUUCACACUUCUGUACCUGCUUCCUGACGGUGACAAUGAGAAGAGGGUGAUGGGGUCACCUUCCUGAGCAACCACACCUUGAGGCUUGUACCCAUGAUGGAGCUGGCUAAUUUUACAACUUUCUGCAACUUCCUUUCAUCUUGUGUAGUUGCCUCCCCCACUCCCCCAUACCAGACAGUGAUGCAGCCAGUCAGAAUGCUCUCCAUGGUACAUCUGUAGAAGUUCGAAUGUUUUAGUUGACAAACCAAAUCUCUUCAAACUAAUGAAAUAUAGUCACUGUCUUGCUGCCUUUAUAGCUGCAUCAGUGAGUUGUGACCCAGGUUAGGCCCUCAGAGAUAUUGAUACCAAGGAACUUGAACUUGAAAAUCAUUUCAUUGUACAAUUAAGGUAUUAGUAACCUAAGGCAGUUUUAGUGUGCUGUCUUUAUCAUGAAAGCCAGUGAAAACUGAACCCCUUCACUAGUAAUGGUGAACAAUUGGUAUCAUAGAAACCAACUGUUCCUGCUGCUCAUUGUGUAAUUUUAAAGCACUGAGAUUGACAUUUCAUCUGUUCUCCUUUGUACCGAAUGUGUAGUAAUGCUCAGCUCCUUUGCCUUCAAUGUAAUUGAACUAAAGAACAGAAGUAAAAUAGUAAAUACUGUACAGUGCCACCUGGUCAAGGGGUGACUUUUAGCAUCCAUAUUAUAAACUAGCCAUUGUUAAAGUGAAAUUACCAUUAAUCCAAUUGCCUUUUUACCAUACAUAAUACCAAUUUUUAUCACAAAUUCAGGUGUACUGAAGUACAUUACCUCAAGGUGGCACCAUAUAUGCAACUGUAUCACAAGUGACAAGAAAUUUCACACCUGACUGGAAGAUAGAACUGAUUAUAGUAGUUCUACAGUUAAAACUUGCUCUCGAAGGGAAAAUUGUUUAUGUCAAGUGGGGGAAAAAAAAACAAGACUUCAAAGCAUACUUUGUUGCAGUAGAUAUUUAUAAAAUGAACAAUUAUAACACAAAAAAAAACUUCACAACUGAUUUUUGACCUGAUGUCAACAGAAAUAUUUUCAGUAUGGUUUUCUGGAUAAUCAGCAGUGCUGGGUGUAACUGGUAACUGAAACCAAUUGAAUUACCACAAUCAAAGAACUGAAACUGGGAUCUUCUUAUGCUUGUGAUUGUAUUGAGCAAAUUGUAUUUAACACAAAGAUUGUGGGAAUAAGGUAAUGCAUGGCUAUUAAGUGAAUACUAUUUGUAUUAAUUUAGUUCUCAUUUCUGUUCACUAGAUAAUUGUGUUCAUAGUAGAUCACUGUAAUAGUCUCAUCAUCAUCUUUGUGACUCUCAAGUCUGCCUUUUAAACUUGUCUGCUUGUAGGGUUUUGGUGGUAUAUCAAGGAGAGUUUCCUGUUGGCUUGCAGCAAGACUUACAUGGCUUGAAUGUGCUUCAUUUCAUUAACUUGUAUGUAAUACUGUAAAGCAUUGCAGAAGAAUGUUGACAAUGAAAAAUCUCAACUAACAAAUUUUAAAUAUUGGUGUUGCAUAUGUUGGGGAGUUUUGUUGUUUUUAUUUGUACUUUGAAUGGUAUAUGUACCCCACAACCACGCCAUUUAAUCAGUAACUUAAUUCAAAUCCUUGAUGUUUUUCAUUAAGGCACAUGAACAAAAUAAAUUUAAAUUGCCAUAAGUACAUACAGGAUGUUUUGUACAUUAGCUAUUUGUCUUGCAAUAAAUACAAUGCAUAAAGCAACUGCACAACUGGAUGCAAUCCUCAGUAUAAUCAA